AUGGAGCCCGCAUGGGAUCAAGAUUGUAUCACGCAGUCAACUGCAGAUGUGGAUUACAUGACGAGUUUGGGACUCCAGAGCAACAUAAGCACCGCUGCUGCAGAUAAGCUUUUUUACUACCAGCGUGGCAUAUCGAGCCUGUCAGGUGCAGUGCCAAUUCUGGUGCUCCUCCAUGGAUAUCCCCAGACGUGGAGACAUGUCAUUCAGCGCCUCCCAUCUGAUAUUCCUAUCUUCGUUCCAGAUCUCCCCGGCUACGGUCGCUCAGCGCCGCUCUCAGUCCCCAAUAACAAACACAACGCCGGCCAAGCGAUACUCCAAACGCUACGCUCCAUCAUACCACACAAGGGCAUUCAUCCUAUCAUCCUCGCAGGGCAUGACCGCAGUGCUCGCAUCUGCCACCGCCUCAGCGUUGACAACCAGGAGCCAACAGGCCUCCCCAUAAAAGGUACCAUCCUACUUGACAUCAUCCCAACCAUAGAACAAUGGAGUCGCAUGACGAAUCCAGGGAGUAUUAUACGAUCCUUUCAUUGGUCGCUCCUUGCCAACGUCGAGGUCGCAACAUCGAUGAUCAAAAGCCAAGGCGGCGACGUCUUCACAAAGAUGUUAUUUUCACGCUGGGCUGGUCGAAACCCUGCUGGGGACGCCACCCUCCAAGAAAACGACGCUGUGAACGUCUAUGCUAAUUCUUUCAAAUAUGAAUCCGUCAUCCGCGCUGCAUGCGAAGACUACCGAGCAGGUGCUCAGGAGGAUAUCCAGCGGCAGGAGCAAGAUCAGAAGGACGGAAGAAAGCUGGAUGUUGAUACGCUGCUGCUUUAUUCGGCGGCAUAUUUGGGCAGUAGCUGUGAUGUGAAACAGGUAUGGGAAGCCUGGAUGGGGAGUGGGAAGUUAGAAGGCCAGGCUUUUGAAGAGGGCGUCGGUCACUUUAUCGCUGAGGAGGCACCCGCUGCGGCGACUUUGGCAAUUGUGUCGUUCUAUCGCAGCCAUUACUAG